AUGUCAAAAGUAGUCAACGUGACGGCGGUGUCAUCAUCAGUGGACGCUGUAACGCCAAUAAAUGUACAGCAGAUAGAGACAUCAGUGCUUCGUACGGCAGAAAUGUUUGCACUGACAAAACGAAAUACAUCAGUAGCAUAUGAUUAUGCACCUGGCAAAAAGGUGCGUGUGCGUACAAAAUUGAAUGAUACAUACUUGAUGGAAUACCCUCAAGCACUGCUCGAGCCAAAGGUAGUUACGAAAGCGAUUGACACGACACCUACUUUACUUGAAGUGGCUACUCUUAUGACUUCGGACUCUAUUCCAACACCAUGCGAUGUGAUCAUGGAUGGACAUCCAAUACCAACAGGUCCAGGAAUUUCUAUUUCAGGUGUGAAAACACUACCAGGAGCUCCAGAAACACUGUCGUUUGUAGAGCAGGUGGCGAAAGAGACGGAAAAGGAGCUGGCGCUUAAGAAGCGGAAAAUUGCGGCAGCAAACAUCAACGGAGAUACCUCCUCGGCAGUUGUAGAGUACAAGAAACGGACAGAAACGACGGCUCAGUUUGGCACAAGUGCUAUAAUUCGUCGUCGUGUGACAGAGGUACCCAAGCCCAAGUGGCACGCACCGUGGAAACUUAAGCGCGUGAUUGCUGGCCAUCUUGGAUGGGUGCGCUCGAUUUCCGUGGAUCCUACGAACGAUUGGUUCGUUACAGGUUCUGCUGAUCGGACUAUUAAGGUUUGGGACUUGGCAUCAGGACAGCUUAAGCUCACGCUUACUGGGCAUAUCAAUGCGAUCCGCGGUCUAGAAGUGAGUCCACGCCAUCCUUAUCUCUUUUCGGCAGGAGAAGACAAAAAGGUGCUGUGCUGGGACCUCGAGUACAACAAGGUCAUUCGAAGCUAUCAUGGCCAUCUUUCAGGCGUCUUUUCGCUGAAAAUGCACCCAACACUAGAUGUCCUCGUCACUGGAGGUCGCGAUGCCGUCGCUCGAGUGUGGGACAUUCGAACGAAGAAUCAGAUUCACGUGCUUUCUGGCCACCAGGGCACUGUUUGGGCCAUGGAGACACAAGCAACGGAUCCACAGAUUAUCACGGGCUCUAGCGAUAGUACGGUCAAGCUGUGGGAUCUUGCCGCCGGCAAGGUGAUGACAACACUAACUAAUCACAAGAAGGCUGUCCGCGCUGUGACAAAAUCUCCGACGGAUCACACAUUCGUGUCAGGUGCAGCAGACAAUAUGAAAAAGUGGGAGGCGAAGCAAGGUCGUUUCCUACGCAACUUUUCGACGCACAAUGCUAUCGUUAACUCGAUAUCAAUCAACCAAGAUGGCGUGAUGAUCUCGUGUGGAGAUAACGGAUCCAUGCGCUUUUGGGACUACCAGACGGGCUACUGUUUUCAGAGCGACUCGACGAAAGCGCAGCCCGGCUCCCUGGACAGCGAAACAGGCAUUUUCGCAUCGACCUUCGACAAGACAGGCCUGCGGUUUAUCACGUGCGAGGCUGACAAGACCAUCAAAGUGUGGCAAGAGGACAGCUCGGCGUCGGAAGAGUCGCAUCCUAUUGAUAUGGCCCAGUGGACGAAAGACUUUACAGCCCCGAAGAGAUACUAA